AUGCAGCCCUCAUUUGGCAGCUUCCUCGUCACCGUCCUGUCUGCCUCCAUGGCAGCAGGCAGUGUCAUUCCCACCACAAACACCAACCCCGGCUCCUUUGAGAUCAAGAGAUCUGCCAACAAAGCCUUCACAGGCCGCAAUGGCCCUCUCGCCUUAGCCCGCACCUACGCCAAGUACGGCGUCGAAGUCCCCAAAACUCUGACCGAUGCCAUUGAGUUGGUAAAGUCCAUCCAGCUCACCAAGCGCGGCACCGGCACCGUCACCGCUACACCUGACGACAACGACAUCGAGUAUCUCGUCCCCGUCAAGAUCGGAACUCCUCCUCAGACACUCAACCUGGACUUUGACACCGGCAGCUCCGAUCUCUGGGUCUUCUCGUCAGAUGUUGAUCCGAGCUCAUCCCAGGGCCAUGAUGUCUACACGCCGUCCAAGAGCACAUCUUCCAAGAAGUUGGAGGGAGCAUCAUGGAACAUCACAUACGGAGACCACUCAUCAUCAUCCGGCGAUGUCUACCGCGACGUCGUCUCCGUCGGAAGCCUCACAGUAAAGUCCCAAGCCGUCGAGGCCGCUCGCAAUGUCUCUGCGCAGUUCACCCAAGGCAACAACGACGGCCUCGUGGGCUUGGCCUUUAGCUCCAUCAACACUGUCAAACCCACUCCGCAAAAGACGUGGUACGACAACCUCGUCGGCAGCCUCGACUCUCCCGUCUUUGUUGCCGAUCUCCGCCACGAUGCGCCCGGCAGCUACCACUUCGGCUCCAUCCCCUCCGAAGCCAGCAAAGCCUUCUACGCCCCCAUCGACAACAGCAAAGGCUUCUGGCAAUUCAGCACCAGCAGUGCCAUUGGCGGCCAAUUCAACGCUGUGGCAGAUACUGGCACCACGCUGCUCCUGGCCAGCGACGAGCUCGUCCAGGCCUACUACAAGCAGGUCCCGGGCGCCCGCGUGAACCCGUUUCUGGGCGGCUACGUCUUCAACUGCACCGCCCAUCUGCCGGACUAUACCUUUACUGUGGGCGAGGGCAACAUUACGAUCCCUGGCACCUUGAUCAACUAUUCCGAGGCUGGCAACGGUCAGUGUUUUGGCGGCAUUCAGCCCUCUGGGGGUCUUCCUUUUGCCAUCUUUGGUGACAUUGCUCUCAAGGCUGCGUAUGUUGUCUUUGAUAGUGGGAAGAAACAGGUUGGCUGGGCGCAGAAGAAAUAG